AUGCAUGUGAUGGUCGGUAGCGAGGAUAAUAAACAUACACUGUUAGAAUUGAGUACCAUGGCUUUUGGUGCUUGGCGCGAUCGUUUGGUUUCUUACAGAUUAGCGCAUGCUCUUGGUUUAAUUUAUUUCGGUGCAGAUGAUGAAGCACCAGAAAAUGUCUUGAGAAAUCGUGGAUUAAAUCUGAGACAAAUCCUGAGAAUACAAUCAUCGGAUAUUCGAGUUGUCGUCCAAUGUGAUAUCACACGUGAUUUCACCAAUUUUGAUAAAGCCUUGGCGAACCGUCCUGAAUGCGGUUUUGAUACACCUUUAUACGACGCUAUUGAUAUGGCGGUACAAAAGAUUCAAUCGUUCCAAACCAAUUCACAAACCAGACUGAGUCCAACAUGUAAAAAAAUGAUUCUUUGUUUGACCGAUGGUACUGACACAUGUAGCAAAGCGUCAGCAGAAGACGUUUUAGAAAAAUUAUUGAGCAAUCAGAUUGUGUUCGAUACAAUUAGCUUUGAUUCAUCAACAAAUUAUGUUUUGGUUGACUUUUGUGAAAAAACCAAAGGUUAUUACUAUACCGAUAUUCCUCAUGAUCAAGAGUCGAUGUUAAAUUUAUUCGAAUUAGAAGCAGCCAUAUCUCUUCAAGAUCGAGAAGAAAACGUCUAUGGAAAAGUGAGAAGUCCUCAACAUCGUCAACCGAAAUUUUUAGAUAAACCAGCGAUUGCAUCGAAACAGGCAAGGAUUGGUGAUGGACGUUUGUCGAACACAUCAGUGAGACGAAUCAUGCUUGAGAUCAACUAUUUGAAUAGAAAAGAGUUGAAAAACUUCGAUCUAUUCAUUUCCAAAGAAAACAUCGCAUUCUGGAAAUUGAUUAUGCACGGAGAAACGGGCACACCGUACUCUGAUGGCUGUUGGUUAUUGUUUAUUGAAUUUCCACCAUCUUAUCCCGAGCAGCCACCAGAAAUUAGAUUCGUCACAAAAAUCUAUCAUUGUAAUAUAAAUGAUGAUGGAAAAAUUUGUCACGAUGUAUUGAAUACGGCUUGGUCACAAAAAACAUCCAUGUACAAUGUUUUGAUGGAAAUAAUUCGUUUGCUUAGAGAGCCCAAUGCUGAUGAUGCUUUAUCCUCGGUCAAAGGUGCCCAAUACAAAGCUUCCAAAGAAAACUAUGAUAAUACUAUCAUAGAAUGGAAGAAACUUUAUGCCAGUGCAACUGUCGAUCAACUCAAAGCUCAAUAUUUCCUCGAGUGA